AUGGACAUCCAUGCAUACUCCACGAAAGACACCUAUCUGAUCAACUCGAAGCGUCGUUUCACGAUGCCGACAGACUCUGGCGGGAUCCAGGCAUUGUCUAUGAGCAACAAGGAGGCCCAAUUCGUAGUGGCUCUCUGCACCAUCUAUACCGCAUUCACUUUUAUGGUGGGAUGGGACUUGGUGCGAGUCUUGAUUAUAGCAUUCACUGGAGAGAUUCAUGAUGGACGGUUGGGCAAAGUUUUCAAACUUUGGAAGUUUGGUUCGUUAAACAUCGCGAUGGCGAUGCUGAAAUAUAUCGAGGAAAUGAUGUUGUAUCUUCGGAAGACUCCUAAGGAGAAGAGACAGCGAAAAAACGUUCCAGAAUGGCCAGUCUAUCAGGACCAGGGUUUUGAUGACAAGGUAACUCAAAAUCAGGGUGGGCAGUCUGGGUUGGAUUCUGACAACAUUGGGCAGAGAGGCGAAGCCAACCGGGGACAAGAUGUCAAAGUUCCUGAUGCUGAGAUUACCGAUGCUGGGAUUCCCGAUGCUGAGAUUUCCGAUGCUGAUAUUCCCGGAGUUGGACAUCUGUGUUUAGCCAUUGUACUUGUUGUUGUCUUCUUCGGCUUCUACCUCAUGGAUUUCGCAAUAGGAGCUAUUGUGGGGGCGAAAAUAAUUGUGGGAAAUGUUGCCCCAGCCAACGCUAACAAAGUCUUUUAUCCCGAUAUCAACACUCUUGAGCGACAAGGUGACACUACUGGCCUCUUAAGGGUAAAAUCAAUGAGAAUUGAUUCGGCAUUUCGCGCCAUAGCAGCCACAGAGAGCCCUGAUCCCCAAGCCCGACGCAAGCGAGUGACGAUAGAAAUGGCGGAUUCACAAGAUGGGCAGACAGCAAGCCCCUUGUCAAACCUAAACUACAGUUACAACGUUACCGGAGUUGAUAUGGGGUUACAGAGUGAUCCGAAGUUGGUGCUCCGGGUCAAGGGUGCGUGUCGCACAGAAUACACAUGGCUGGUGAACACCACAGAAGAGGGAGAUACCUAUAGGCUUUGGGGUGGAAAUGAAACCUAUCACAUAAAACCCGACGCACAACCAACAACCCCUCCAUGGUUGGCUUUCUUCCAUGACGAAAAGCAGAUACUCGACCGAUCCCCAAACCUCUCAUACGCCAUUAUUGCAAACACCGCCGGCCGUUACAGCUACACCGCCAGCCGGGACCCUUGGUAUUCUACCAGGGAGACUCAAGCCAACGAUACCCCUCCAUAUCAAGUCCUUCCAAAUCGACCCGUUCUUAAUUGCUGGGAAACAAAGACAUGGCAUCUUGGUGGUAAAGAUGUGGACAGCUGGCGGCUAAGGGCCCGUUUACCUACAGACGGCCGUUUAGAUCAUCUUGACGGUGGCAACCGUCAAGGGGCUCUUAACGGUCGGCAGCGUUAGGGGCUGAAUUCUCAUUCUGUGUUUACUUAACGCACCGUCUACCAUACUGCAACCCUUGCCGCACCGUCAGCGAAUAAAUCCAAAAUUUUACAAAACACAAGGUGAAGGCUCUAGGCUCACAACUCCCUCUCCCAUCCAACCAUUUCCGACCGAUUAAAACAGUGGACCCAACUUAUAUCCUCUACAUGCCAUCUACAAUGACUCUCCAAGAGUCCUUCCACCUAUUCUAGUGACUCUUUUUUAGCUGUUUUCACACUAUAGCUUAAAUCUCUCAUGGUGCCAUGCAAAAAAAAUCUGAAUGGGAGUCGGCAAUGGCUUCAAUUCUGAUAUAUGUAUCCUAGAGCCACUGGAGCAAAAAAGCAUCGGAUUUUCAGUGGUGGUAUGGCCAUUCUGGGCAUGACAGGUCCCAGACAUAGUGACAAUGUAUCAAUUUUUGAGGCUGACGGUGUUGCUACCGCACCUCUGGAGCACCUUCUCGUUUUGACCGUUAAGCACCCAAAAUCCCUGACGGUUGAAAAUUAGGUAAACGCAUUUGGCACCGUCAGUUGCAACACAACCCUGAGCUAACGGUACCGUCAGAGCCCACCCUACAAAUUUUUGUGACGGAACUGUUAGGUAGACGGGCCCUAAAUUCGUUACCUAAUCUCAAACUACACGAACUCUGGUCAGAUACUGUCUUUCCUCGAGAGUUUGAGCUGCCGCGCAUAGUCAGUCUGGGCAGUGCCCUGGGAAUAUCUUCACUCAGAACGGCUUCAUAUGCGUUGGAUCCAUUUUGUGUCAUUGAUGCAGGUUCGGCUAGCAUGCGCGGUGAUUUCAAGCGGUUGGUGCUGGGUAGCUGGGUCAGUUCUCAGAAUGUGCUGCGGGAUACAACCACAUACAACCACGGCAAUCUGGUUAAUCUCGCCCAUGGA